AUGCGCACGCCUGCGUGCGCGGGCGGCGCGGCGGCGGUGACGCGGUGGUCGCAGUCUACGCCCACUCAUGCCGCUCAUGCGGCUGCAACACACACGCCGGACUUAGACCAUGACAACAUCACUUACCCUUACGAUGACGAGAUCAAUCAACGCUUUGCAAUAUGGCAUGGCGACAUUAGUACUUUGGAAGUGGACGCCAUCACCAACAGCACCGACGAAACCCUCCUGGAAUGUAAUGCAGUAAGCGAGCGUAUUCUGGCCGCUGCCGGUAGCGAGCUCAAAGACGAGAUACUCACUAGAGCUUUGGAAUGUCGCGUGGGCGAGGUGGUGGUGACGAGUGGAUAUGCGUUGAGUUGUCGGGUGAUACUGCACACCGCUUGCCCCGCAUACUGCCCACAGAGACCAGCUCAAGCCACAGCAGCUCUACACAACUGCUACAAGAACGUCCUACGAAGAGCGAGUGAACUGAGUGUGCGGAGUUUAGCGUUGUGCGUUCUAAACUCGUCAGAGUGUUCCUUCCCCGGAACCGCCGGCGCACAUGUUGCGCUACGCACGAUUCGCAAACACUUGGAACAGCACAGACUACCACAGAUGGUAAUAGUGUGGUGUGGGAGCGAGACGGAACGAUCUCUUUACACGUGCGUCGCGCCACGAUACUUUCCUCUUACGGCGCGAGACCACGAUAGACGUAUACGCAUCAUACACAAUCCGCAUUCACACCAUGCCUCCGCGGAGGAUGACGCUUCAUUGUGCGAUGAGGAAGCAGCGGCGGAGGCAGCGGCGGCGUUUGCCCGAGCAUGUGCACCCGACACACAACGAUUGCUAGCGCCGCCGCCGCGCGCGCCAGCAAUAGAUAGGCGACUGCUCGACGACCACGACCAGUACGAACGUUUGCUAAGGCGCGCGCGCACGGAAGACCUCAGCGAGAUCUCGGGCAUUGGGUGUCUUUACCAGAGCGGCGUAGAUCGGCUCGGCAGACCGGUGGUCAUCUUCAUUGGCAAAUGGUUCCCCAUAGGAGACAUUGAUUUAGAUAAGGCGCUGCUAUACCUGAUAAAGUUGCUGGACCCGAUAGUGCGUGGUGACUACGUGAUCGCUUACUUCCACACACUCGCCUCUGCUGCCAACCAUCCGCCCUUCUCCUGGCUCAAGGAGGUCUACACCGUGCUGCCUUACAAAUAUAAGAAGAACCUGAAAGCGUUUUACAUCGUUCAUCCUACAUUUUGGACAAAGAUGAUGACGUGGUGGUUCACUACGUUUAUGGCGCCAGCGAUUAAGGCGAAGGUUCACAGUCUGCCCGGCGUUGAAUAUUUAUACAGCGUGAUGCCGCGCGACCAACUAGAACUUCCCGCCUUUAUAACCGAGUAUGACAUGACGAUAAAUGGUCUUCAUUACUUCCAACCAGACACGAACAAUACGUAAAUGUCGUCCGUGGCCGCCGCGCUCUCUAUGGUGACAUUCCAGAGCAUUAAUAAAUAACAAUACAUUAUACUUUCUAUCAACUCUUGUCAGCUUUGCUGUUCAAAAUGAGUCUCAAAAACUACCAUUGAAAUUGUAAUUACAUAGUACUGGCAAUAUUUGAUAAAUUUUGUGGCGGUAAUCGGUUAAAAGAUUAGACCAGACAAAAUUUUUAAAGAUGCAAUAAAAAGUAAUAAAAAAUGUCAUCGUAGAUAAAUCGACCAAUCGACUGUUACGCUGCGUAAAACGUGAUUGGACGAGCUUUAAUUAAAAUGAAAGUCGAUUCGAAAAGCGAUUUGGGGCCGCCGUUGUUGAAUUGAGUGAAAUUUUUAUUCGAACGAAUGAACGCAAUAAAAUAUUAAUACUUAAAAAAAUAUUUUAAUAAAUCCUCUGUACGAUGUUGUUAAAUGAUUUUGAUGAAAAAAGUAUUUUUUUAAUGUUAAUUUCGUAUAGAAAUUUCACUCGACUGUUUUUUGAGAUUGUUGAAUAAAUAUCAUGUAAACUUAGUAUUAGAGAAGCAUUUUUAUAUUAUUUUACUGUAACUUUAGCGCUUAAGUUUAUAUCAGACGUUUCAUGUUCUCUUUUAUUUAUGUAAAACGGAAUCUAUAAAAUGGUGUCUAUUUUUAUUUAUAUAUCCAUAUAUUAGAAGCUGUAAUGGGUUCUUUUUUUUCUCUGAAAUGCUAAAUGUCUAAGCAUAUUCUAUGAUCUUAUCUUAAUUAUUUUAUUUUAGGACUGUACUUAUGUUUUACGUACUUGAAAGAAUAUAAACCUGCGACAGGGUAUUCGUUAGCGCCUAGAAGUUUAUUUAAAAAAAAAAUGUAAUAAUUCGUAAUGAGUUCAUAUUAGUUCGUUAAGAAAUUUUACGUGGGCCAAGCUAUCCCGAUGUUAUCGUUCCAAACGGAGACAGUAUGGUUUAUAAAAAGGUGCUUGAAUGCAAAAAAGAUAAGAUUUUUUUAUUUUUACAUUAGGUGUUCGGAAAAUAAGCUUAAUGUUAGAUGGUUGUAAAUAUACGCUGUUGAAUUUCUUAUAGUUUGUCCGCUUGCGUCGUAGCGGAGAAUACUUAAGUAAAAUUUAAUUAAAAUGUAUAAACAUACAUAACGUAUUUUAAUCAGGAUGGUGACAGAAUUGAUUGGUAACAUAACUUAUUAUAUGUUCCAUAGAAAAAGUAACUAUAAUAUAUAUCACGAGCGAAUGGAUGGGACAAAAAUACCGUCUGUAUUUGAAAAAAAAUAGUUUCUAAUAGUUAAACACUCGUCCGUAUUCUCGUGACGCUCCAUUCCGUUUUCGGCCUUCCUAAUCCCAUCCGAAUUUUAUGACCCAUGUAUUGAGAUAAUGUGGAAUGAUGCAUUUUGCAUGUGUCACUAAUAGCUAGACUGCGGUAUUCUAAUCAUGGCCAGUAAGAAGCGGUAAUUGCUACAUUUUAUGAUGCCUGACAGCUACUGUCUACAAAUAUUAUUAUGAUUUUGAUCUUGUAUCAGCAUAAUUCAGGGAAGUUGAGCUAUAGAACCACUUUGAGUGUUAUUUAACUUUGUUACAAAAUGUCAUAGCAGUAUACUAAGCUUUUUAUUACGUACUACCAUACAUAAAACAUAAUCGCCAAAAGAAACAUGUAAUUUACCACUGCCAGACCACCCGCUAAUGCUAAAAUUGGCGAGAUUUGAUAUCAAUAAUCAAUAACCCUUGUAGACUUCCUACAUGGUACACGGUUGAUAAGUAUUCGCGUUUUGUACUUAAUAAUUAUUAUUAGCUGUUAAUAACAAUCGAAAGCACUUUCAUGCUCUUAUGCUUAGACGGUUGUGCAAUGUAAGUGUUAGACCACAAAUCCACAAUUCGCAAUAUGAGCUAGAAACCAUGGUACAAAAUUACACUAAUUAAUAUUGUUAUGGUAAGUAACUGUAUAUUUUUUCUAAUAAAGAUAAACAAAACAUUGUGCCACACCCAUUUUACCCUCUCAGUGGUUUUUUUAUGUAGAAAAUGUUGAUGCAAUAUAAAAUGAGUGAUUUGUACGAUAUAGAUAAUAAAAGAAAUGUCAUUAUUGUAAUAAAAUAUUUUAGUACAGUUACGUAUCAUAUAAAGUACGUAUGUUUACGUAUCAUAUGAAGUACGUAUCUAUAAACAAUAGUAUAUCAGGUUUUACCACAACUGUUAUACUGGAUUGAUUUUGAAUUCUAUUUUCAUUGAUUCGAGACUUAAAAUUAAUUUAGCGUUUAACAGUUUUCUUUAACCUGAUGCACUCUUACUUUGUAAAUUUUUAUCUCUAAUAGAUUUCAAUGUUUUAUAGUUUUCCAACAUAAUAUUUUUAUAAUCUCGUUCGUACAAUAGGGGAGUAGACAACUUUGUUUAAAUAUUUUAAUUUUUUCGAUAUACACGUUAUAUAUCUAAAAAUAAAUUUCCCGCGAAUGCGGUGCUUCUGUCAUAGUGUCGCUAUGACGUUACGGCACUCUCAAACGAAUAUUGUUCUGUGUAUACAUAAGGUUGAUUUUUUAAAGUUCUGAUAUAAGUAAGAAGGUCAUGACGUCACUGUCACGUGACCGCAAACAAGCAUAAAAUAUUAGUUUUUCAUAAUUGAGCAAUAUUAUAAAUAUGAUAAGCAUAAAGGUGUGAUUAACGGUAAUAUUAUAUUAAACACUACUAAAAAAAAUAAUAGGUAUUUAUUUUCGUUUAUUGUCUACACCCGUGUUGAGUGCAAUCCAGAUAAAGAUCUGUUAUUUAGUGGACAUAAUGUGCAUUAGUAAAAAUAUUAUUAAAAUGAUAUGAACAAGGCCUUAGAUGUGUUAACUAUUGUUAUUUUAUACUCAUAUAAUAUAUUAAAUAAAAUAUUGCGUGGCAUUUUUUAUUGCUGUUAACAGUUAAUCUACAGACAUCAGUGAAAUUAUCAAGUUCAACUAAAUAAUCUAGGUGUUAUGUGACAAAUGUGAUCAAGCAAAUGUUAGUUAAGUUUCAUAUUUUAUUAUUAUUAAAUAGAUUGUUAAAUAGGCUAUGUACAUAUUUAACAAAUAAAAGAAUAAAAUUAUUAAUUUAC